GUGAAACGUGGACAAGCUUAAUGUGAUUUUAAAUAGAUCGAUAAGCAACAAUAUGAGGUAAAUUCAAUGUUAAGGAUCUCAAUGCGAGUGGACUGCACUUGGACUCGUAUCGCAAUCUCCGGGGCUAUUGUGCUCCCUGCAUUUGGGUUCAUUAAACACAUACGAGAAUAACGCAUGGGUAUCUCUCCCACAUGAAUGGCGAUAUAGAGAGGGAAAUAAUACGUUGAACAGAUAAGCGCUCAAGUCUGUGUUCCUUGCCCAUGGAAUCCAUGGGAAGUCAAUUGGGUGAUCAUUUGUCAAGCGUAACUUAAAGUGAACAGUUGAUUGAAGUCGUUUGUCGCGAAAUACCUAUUUCGAAAAUCAAAUCCGAAUAUGAUUGUCCUUGUGUGGGUUUUACUGGCCGGUCUGCAGGUGCAGGGUUGUGUUAAUCGUGUGCCAGUUGUUAAAAUGCGUGGAACUCUGGUAACAAUGCGUAAGCACCAAAAUUAUGCCAACUGCACUACAAACUGUGGACCCUUGGUGGGAAGAACCAGAACUGAGACAUACAUGGGAUUCCACGACGUUUGCUGUGAUGGUUAUAUACGCAAUGAGGACAACGAGUGUGUGCCGCAGUGCAAGGAUUGCGGAAUCGCAGGAAAGUGCCUGUCGCCCAAUGUGUGUUUGUGUGACAAGGGCUACUCGAACCGCCGGGAUCGCAGUCACUGUGAGCCGGAGUGCAGUGAGCCCUGCGUAAACGGAAACUGUGUGGCUCCGGACGAGUGUGAGUGCCUUCCGGGCCACCGGUUCUACAAUGGCUCCCAGAAGGAAUGUGAGCCGCUUUGCAAGGAGGACUGUUCAAACGGUCGCUGCCUGGAGACGGGAAAGUGCCAGUGCAACAACGGCUUCCAGCGGAAUGACAAGCUGAACAAAUGUGAGCCCAUCUGCCAGGAUGUCUGCUACCACGGCCAAUGUGUGGCGCCCAACGAGUGCCGCUGCAAUCCCGGCCACGAGCAGCGUUUGGGCCAACCGUGGAUCUGCGACCCGAUCUGCUCGAGCGGCUGCGCCAACGGCAGCUGCCUGGACGCCGAGGAGUGCUACUGCAAGGAGGGCUAUGCCCACAAGGACGGCACCCUCGCCUCGGGCUGCGACCCGGUGUGCAGUCCCGCCUGCGUGAACGGCACCUGCAUCUCGCCCGGCCACUGUGCCUGCUCCGAAGGACACGUUUUCGCCGAGGGAUCGCGCCAUGAGUGUGUGCCCAGCUGUCGUUCCGGCUGCGAGAAUGGCUUCUGCAGUGCCCCAGGUCGCUGCGAGUGCCACGAGGGCUUCGAGAAGCUCUCCCCGCACCGCUGCUCCCCCACCUGCCAGCCGGGCUGUGGCCGCAACGCCCGCUGCACCGCUCCGGACACCUGUGCCUGCGAUGCGGGCUACGUCUUCGUCAACGGCAGCACCACCGAGUGCGAACCCUUCUGCCCCAGGAGCUGCCGGAACGGGAUCUGCAGCAGUCCUGGCGUUUGCACCUGCUUUGAUGGCUAUCAGGCUCUUCUCUCUUUCUACUGCAUCCCGGUCUGCUCGAAGUCCUGCAUCCACGGCAGCUGUGUGGCGCCCAACGAGUGCCGCUGCUUCACCGGCUACCGACCGAGUGCCAGCCAGGGAACCAGUAUUUGCGAGCCCAUCUGCAGCCAGGAUUGUGGCCACGGUCUCUGCAUCGCCCCGGAGAUUUGCCAGUGCGAUGUGGGCUAUGCGAAGCGGUGGCCCCGCGGCUCCUGCGAGCCCCACUGCCCCCAGAAGUGCGUGAAUAGCCACUGCGAGGGUUCGGGAGUGUGUCGCUGCUACGAGGGCUACAAGCUGAGGCCGGGAUCCACCUCCGUCUGCGAUCCGGAAUGCUCGCCGGGAUGCAGGAACGGCACCUGUGUGGAGCCCAACAGCUGUGCCUGCUUCGCUGGCUACGAGGACACCAAGGUGCCCUACGAGUGUGUGCCCACCUGUCGGCCCAGGUGCGAGAAUGGUCGCUGCUCAGCCCCGGGACACUGCGAAUGCAAUCCCGGCCAUGUGGUCACCAACUCCAGCGAGCCGAACUCCUGUCGACCCCAGUGCCGGGAGCAGUGCAUCAACGCCGAGUGCCUGGCACCGGAAAAGUGCGUCUGCCUGCCGGGCUACAGAUUUUUGGCCGAUAGCAGCACCGAAUGCGAACCGAUUUGCUCCAAGGGAUGUCGUUCCGGCCAGGAAUGCAUUGGGCCGGACACCUGCGAGGGCUUCGAUUCGAUGAUUAGCCCCACAACUGGCAGACACCUGGUCUUCCACUGGUCCAUGUUCAUCCUGGCCAUCCUGCUCUGCCUGGCCUUGGUGAUGGUACCCCUCCUGGUGCUCAGGGAGCUGCAGCGGCGUCGUCGAGGGGGCGACAAGCAGAGGAACAACCUCAUCGAGAACCCAUCCUACGGAGUUGUGCAGGCCAACAGCGAGGAGGCGGAUAACGAGUUGGGGAUCGGUCUAGGGGAUUAACCAACAUCAGAUCGAAGAUAGACUUUAUAGAUUUCUCAUCACGACUAACUAAUAUUAAUAAGAACGCAUCUCUUUGUCUGUGGAAAUAGUUUAAUUUGAAUGUUUAUGGCUUGGUUUCGUUUACAAUCGUUUCGUUCGAUUAAGUUCUACACCGAAGGAUGCUUGGCAUCGUCGAAAAUAAUACACACAUAUAUAAAUAUAUCUAUAGAACUAUAAUUUUACGCUAAACAUUUAUGGUUAAAAGUUAAGAACGUAAUCUACCGUAAUAAAUUAUGAAAUACAUAAUA